AUGGAACCCCGAGCCGAGGAAAAAGAAGAGUGUUCGCCGGUCUUACAUGAGAAGGAAAGAGGCGUGGGGCAAUCAGGUCGAAUAGGGGAAGUGGGGCGUGAAGAGGCGGGGUCUGCAGCCGUCGUUGACUCGCCGCGGCAGGGGAUGUCCUCGCGUGAGCUUGGCUGUUCUUUGCCGGCGGCCCACGGUGCAUCCCGUCGCAGUUCGAGGAGCAUGUUUGAGCAGGUAAAGACGGUCAGACAAGAGUUGCAAGAAAAGGUGUCGAGGCUUCUCGGGAGGAACGGAACUGUGGUGAGGGAGUCGCAGCAUUCUCCCGGAAUGUACACCGUGCGUCAGUUUCAAAACAACUUGGCGUGGGCCAUUGUCUCGAAAGACACGGUUCGAUUUGAUGAACUUCUAAAUAAAUAUUUAGAUUGCUGCAAUGAGGGCAAAAUUGUGGGCAUUGCUGGUAGAACGUCACCGCGUGAGAAGCAUGAAAACACUGCGGCGGACGCCGCCAUUAGCGUUUCUGUUGGGAAUGAGCGUUCUCUUGUGGAUCGUGUUUUCCACCAUGAAACGGGCUACACAAUGACGCAUCUCGCGGUGGUGUCAGGGAUAGAGAGUUUGCUGCGUAGUUGCCUGGCGUUUGGCAGCGCGGUCCACAGAUACGAGGACCUCAAUGGGGACACUGCCCUUACCUUGGCAUUGUGGUUGCAGCCGGAAAUGGCAUUUGCGAUGCUUGACCUGGGAAAGGAUGUGGACAUCACACGCAUCGGCGCGAGAGGACGUAAUCUUUUGCACAGUGCUGUUACUCUCCGCCAAGAAACGCCUCCAUGGGAGUCUCGUUUGGAGUUUAUUCAAAGAAUUGUGGAGCAGGAUAAUUCAUUGGCGUCGCAGAAGGACUUUUUUGGCUUCACGCCGGCAGAGUGGGCCCUUGAAAACGCCGCAUAUUUUUCAUCCAAGAAGGAAUUUAUGCAAAUUGUUGAGUUUCUUAGGGGAGUGGAUGCAGCGUAUAGGGAGUCGAUGAAGCGAGUAUCCGACGCCCAAACGACGAGUGGAGACGUUGAGUUGGAAAGGAUUUCGUCACGGGGAAAGGAAUCCGACCAAUCACGCACUGUACACCGCGAGACACUUUUCUUGGAUCGUAUGCGAUUCAUCUUCGAGGGUCCGCUGACGCGUCUUCUUUCAAUAGCUUUUCUCUUGUUAUUGCAUAUCUUUCUCUACGCCGUUGACGUGGCGGAUCGUGGACCGGGUGCACAAUACCGUGACGCGCGAUGGGACUUUUGGUUUACGGCCUUCAACAACAUUGCCUCCUGCUGGAAUGGUUCCGCCUUUUUUAUGGGAAUGACACACGCCGGCUGCGUCUUUGGAUGUGCUCUCCUGGGCGCCUGCGUGUACCUCUUAGUAUUUCACGUGCUGUUUGGUAGAAUUAUCAUGCGCUUGCCGAUUUGUGGGGCACAGUCUCCUGCAGAAUGGCGGUUGAUAAUAAAAUCAUUUGGAGAUUAUUAUUUUUCAAGUGAUGUGGGUCGACAACGUGGAUUUUGCUUUGCCAUGGCUAUUGGUGGUGUCCUCGGCAUAUACGGUGGAGCCAAGUUAUACAAUGCACUCUUGUAUCGUUUUUGGCCGGGGCAAGUGUCAUGGGCACUCAUCCGCCCGAUUAUCUCCGGAGUUGACACGGUAACGGCGCUCCGUUGUUUUUGGGUGACGUCUCUCUUCAUUGAUUGGUACAUAUUUAUGUUUGUCUUUGAUAUCAUGUAUCAGCAAGGUUCACUCAACAUUUAUUUGCCUCAUCACACCUUCGGUGGUUUUGCAGCGUCGAUCAACGGGACAUGCUUCUGGAAGAGGAAGAAGCAGCUUGGGGAGAAUAGCAUUCUCGCUCUUCGUAUGGGGAUUUACUGGACCCUUCUUAUCUUUGGAUGGACUGUGAUUGCUGCUGUCUUUCUCACUUUGGAGUUCCUUUGCGGUCCUGCCAAGGUGCUGUUUGCGAAUCCACUUAUCCCGGUGACUUCUCUCGAAAUCCCAGUGGGGGUUGGUUGCCUUUGUAUACUCUUGGAGUUUAUUAUUGUGGCACAGGAGUGGACGUGGCCGACAUUUCAAGGGCAUCCGCACUUGUUUUUUCCUGGAAUGGUCGUUGCCACCCAUCACGUCUUUUUUCUCUUCCUGGUCCUCAUUUUUCAGUGUAGCCUCGACAUCCGCAUUGUUUUGGCGCACAUUCUACUACUAAAAGAUCGGGAGGGUGGAUUGUCACCAAAGGGUGCCGUGCGCCUUUGCAUUGCCCUCAUUCCUGCCAUGCUUGGCGUAAUAUUGCUGUUACUUGUCAUUGUUCGAUCUUCCCUCUGGUGGGAAAUGUGUGGCGCAGUUGGAGAUGCCAUUGGGCUCUACUCGGAGCACAUGUAUCUUCGGCCAUGCCCACCGCCUUCUGAGGAGGUGCAGAGGUUAGCGGAGCGUGAGAAUGAGAAGUUUGUUCGUUUGCACUCCCGCUCGUUGUAUUGCAAGGCGGAGCAGGAAAAUAUGAAGGAGAAACUCCGUGUUCGCAAGGCCAUUAAGCGUGUUGGGCGGCAGAUACACGCAGGGGCAAAAGAGCGGGACGGAUUGUUGCGGCGAGAGAAACGGCAUGGCGAUAGGAAUACCACAGCAGCGGCGGCGUGGAAUAACCCCUCGUCGGAUGACUGCUUUAUUUCUCUGAGCUAG